AUGAUGUUUGCCUUCACAUCACCAACUGUAAAGUUGGAUAAUAGUGUUAACAAAGGAGGUGGACCACCUACAUUACGGAUUCAAGUCCAUAACACAAUGCAAGGCUUAAGGAACACAAAACACAUUGAUCCAAACAUUGUACAACAAUUGUCUAAUAUUCUCUACGAACAUAAUCCUCGUGCUAAGAGUUAUCAAAUGGUCAGACAUUGGUUAUUUAAUUCUAAUACACCAAACUUGAAAUUGAGACUCAUUUCUGAUAGAUCCAUUGACGGAAGAAUAUAUAAUCAACUCACUGUAUCAGAAGUUGCUGCUUUAGUUGUUCGUGACAUUGACACUACAAAAAUGAGGGAUAUCAUCAUGCAAUCAAAAGGAGGACACCUACAAAGAAUUAAUGAGCUCCAUGCAAAUUACUUGGCUUAUAAAUAUCCUUUGAUUUUCCCAUAUGGAAAAGAUGGUUAUAUACCUAACAUUUUUCAUAGAGACUUAGAUGUCUUCCAAGACAACAAGAGAAAUAUACUUACAAUAAGAGAAUGA